GAAGAAGAAAAAAAAGGAGACGUGAACCGACGACUCGGCGGUGUGUGAAGCGUGCUGGUCAGUGGGGAGGGGGGGUCGCCGCGCACAGGAAGCGUCUUGGGGAGGAGGAGGAAGCGGAAAAAAAAAAGCGGACGUUCAUCUUCUUGAACGAGGACCCGUCAGAAAGGCUGCGAGGAUUAAGCAGGAAAGACGGCGAGGUGGGGAGGGGGAGAACAUCUUGAAGCUUCGAAGGGCAACAGCUGGGAUUACCACCGAGAGGCUGCUCUUCGUGUUCGGCGUGGAGGUGUGUGUGUGUGUGGGGUGGGUGGGGGGGUAGGACCACAUUGAACGCUCCGUUGGUGUGGCUGGACUCCGCUUAAAGAGGAGAAGAUGUCGGGUCAGACGCUGACGGACCGCAUCGCCGCGGCCCAGUACGGCCUGACUGGAUCCGAGGUGUCCCGAGCUGUCUGUAAAUCCACCACUCAUGAACAAACGGCCCCAAAGAAAAAACACCUGGAAUACCUGAUCCAGGCCUCCCAGGACUCCAGUGUGAGCGUUCCCCAGAUGGCUGAUACACUGAUAGAGAGGGCAGGCAACGCCAGCUGGGUGGUGGUUUUCAAGGCCCUUGUUACUACACACCACCUCAUGGUGCAUGGCAACGAGAAAUUUCUGCAGUUCCUUUCAUCUAGGAACACUUUGUUCAACCUUGCGAACUUCCUGGACAAAACAGGCUCCCAUGGCUAUGACAUGUCCACUUUUAUCAGACGCUACAGUCGCUAUCUCAACGAGAAGUCCUUCACCUACAGACAAAUGUCAUUUGACUUCGUCAGAGUAAAGAAAGGAGCUGAGGGAGCAAUGAGGACCAUGACAGUGGAGAAGCUGCUGAAAGGAAUGCCUAUCCUGCAGGGACAGAUUGAUGCACUGUUGGAUUUUGAGGUGCACCCACCAGAAUUAAACAACGGAGUGAUUAAUGCCUGCUUCCUCCUACUCUUCAAAGACUUGAUAAAGUUAUAUGCCUGCUACAAUGAUGGCAUCAUCAAUCUACUAGAGAAAUUUUUCCAGAUGAAGCGAAGCCAGUGUAAAGACGGGCUGGAGAUCUACAAGAGAUUUCUUACACGGAUGACUCGGGUUUCUGACUUCUUCAAAAUCGCAGAGCAAGUGGGAAUAGACAAAAAUGACAUACCUGAUCUCACUCAAGCUCCAGAAAGUCUUUUGGAAUCUCUGGAGACUCACCUUAACACUCUGGAGGGAAGGAAGCCGUCCCCGGCCAAGGACACGACAGCUAAUAACAGCUCAGCUACUGCUGCCCCCUCCGCUGCACCACCCAAGCCUGCACCCCCUGCUGCUGCCGGCGGUCCCCCUGCUCGCCCUGGACCACCUGUCAAACCCCCACCGCCUUCUAUAACACCCACAGCAGUAGCUCCCAGCAAAACCAGUACCCUUGAUGAUGGCUUCCUGUUGGAUCUAGACCCCAUGUCCUCUUCAACCAAGGGUGCUGCAGCACCUUCCACCACUACUGGAUGGGGAGAUCUACUGGCUGAUGCUACUCCAGCUGCCAGUGACAGUGCUUCUGAAGCUCCACAAGCAAAAAAAGAGGCUGCUGCUGAUGCCGCAGCUGCCCCUGCAUUGUCUGCACCUGCACCUGCUGCUGCUCCUGCCCCAGCCAGGCCUGCACCCACCUCCCUGCCUGUUGCAGCUCCUGCCACCACAUCAGUUAGAGACAUCGACCUUUUUGGAGAUGCAUUUGCACCUUCCCCAGGAGAUGGUCCUGCAGCUGUGGCCGCGGGUCCUGCUACGGAUGCAUUUGGUGAAUCUGACCCCUUUGCUACAACGGAGGGGAGUGCAGACAUUGCUCCAGAGCUGGACCUGUUUGCUAUGAAGCCCGCCGACACGGGGCCCACAGCCAUCACCCCUCCCACCUCUAGUGAGGCGCCGACCAUCGCUGCCCCCACCCCUUCUAUCACCACCACAACUAGCACCACGGACAGCACCACCACAGAGUCUGCAGCCGCACCGACUCUAGAUUUAUUUGGUGAUGUGCUUGAUUCUAUGCCUGAGCAAAGUCCCACCACAGAUUCUAAAGCUGCUACCACUCCUAGCGUAGACCUUUUUGGUUCAGACCUCCCUGCUGUUUCGCGCGGGCCCUCUCCUUUGCCUGAGUCUGCUCCGGCAGGAGACAUCGUGAUCCCAGAUCCUGCACCUGUUCCUGCAUCUGACCCAGCUCUUGUUGCUGCUCCAGCUGCAGAGGCUUCCUCUCCAAUCCAGGCCGAGUCGAUUCCAGUCAUUGAUCUGCUAGACUCCUUUGGUGGGCCUGCAGAGAAGAAUCAAAGCUCUGCUCUGGGGGCACCUGGAGGCGACCUGCUGGGAGAUCUAAUGUCCCCGACCCCGGCCCCAGCCUUGGCUCCAGUGCAGAAUGAUCUUCUUGAGUCGGGCUUUGAAGCUCUGGGAUCACUUCCCUCUCCCACGCCGCCCAUGCCUGCUGCAGUGCCAGCUGUACCAAUGGUACCAGCUACAGCAGCUGUACCUGAACCCGCUAGCACCACACCGGCGCCCUCUGGUGGCUUUGAUGCUUCAAUGUUUGAUGGAUUAGGCGAUUUGCUGAUGCCCGCCGUAACGCCGCAGAGCACCGGGGGAAGCACGACAGGAAGUGCAGCAGGGAGCAUGGGAACCCCCGUCACAAUGGAAAACAUUAUGGUUGCCCCGCCUGCGACCCCUCCCCCGACCAAAACCAUUGCAGGGGACCUGGAUUCAUCACUGGCCAACCUGAUUGGAGACCUGGGUGUGAAGAGAAAGGACCCACAGAGUGAGAAGAAGCUGACCGGAGGAGCCAACUGGACACCCCACGUGGCCCCCACAAGCUGGGCCAAACCAGGACCCCCGAUGGCUGGUGUAGCUCCUGGAGCAGCGCCAUCUAGUGGAGCAAUGGUACCACCUAUGGGUGCACAGCCUGGCUUCGGCAUGCCUGCUGCAGGUGGACCAGGAGUUGCUAUGAUGCAGCCCAUGAUGGCACAGCCUAUGAUGGCUCAGCCCAUGAUGAGACCUCCUUUUGCUGGCGUGGUGGGACCUGGGCAGGGAGUAACUGCUGCACCAGGAGUGCCGAUUUCUCCCGGACUUGAAAGCCAGAGUCCAAAAAAGCCAAAAGACCCUCUGGCAGAUCUUGACCUCAAGGACUUCUUAUAACCCACAACUGAUGUUUUCUUCUCCAGAGCUGGAUGCUCUUAUCGUUCACCUGGCAUCUGUCAAGAUUUGAGGAUGCUUUCCAUUCUCUCUCUUUUGUCAGCUAAUCAACGUUGUAAGAGCCUCUGACCCAUCCACUUCCUGUGACCCCCUCCACUUCCUGUUUCCCCCGUUCUGAGUGAUGUUGUAGCACACACCGUGAAAGUGAACCAUAGCAAAUUAUAAACAGUCAAUGAAUAUGUAUGAGAAAAGAAUUACAAGCGCGUGCUCAUGUAGAUGUUCUAAUCUUUUGUCUCAAACUAAACUUUACAAAAAAAGCCGAAAAAAAAAAACGUUGAAAAUGUACGUGAGUGAAAGUAAAGGCGUAAGUGUUUAUUUUUUUUUCCUGUGUUGAAUGCCGGUUGUAUUUUGGUGUCCUACGAUCCAGCCUGUCACCUUCCUCUUCUUAAAGAUGAGCUCUUCCUCGACCUACUCUGAUUGGACGAGAGUAUUACAUAAGUAGAUUUUGGAGAACUAUGUUGUGUGUUGUUUACAGAAAGGCCCUAUUUGAUGUACAUAGACUUCUCUGGCGAAUUUGAGGAUCACAUCUCUAUUCUUUACUGUAUGUCUGGUGAAGAGAAAUAUCAAUGUGAAUAGGACAUGAAAUUGUAAGAAGUCACGUGCGUAUCCUACCGAGUACCGUCGUCAUUUGGAAACAACUUAUGUAUAUUAUGAAGAAAAACGUGUGUGGGCUCCUGCGUCACAUUUCAGAUGAAAUUAAUGUGGUUGGUUAUGUUCUAUUUGUGGCCUAUUUUUCUAUGUUAUGUCAUUUGUUCUGUUUUUAUGUUGUCCCACUGGGAAAACUGGAUAUUUUAAAUAUAAUGGCAACACUUUAAAAACUGUCCCAUUUAAACUCAAAUUUGUGUUGUGCUACCUGAACUUUGACAAACAUGGAAUGUCACUUAGUUUCUAAUAAUAAUGAUGAUAAUCAUAAUAUUCAAUUGAUUGGUUGAUUGAUUGAAACUUUUAUUAGUAGAUUGCACAUUUCAGUACAUAUUCCGUACAAUUGACCACUAAAUGGUAACACUCGCAUAAGUUUUUCAACUUGUUUAAGUUGGGGACCACGUUAAUCAAUUCAUGAGUAGCCUUAAAAUAAUAUACUUUGGGACAGAUAAAAAAGUAAACAGGUUUGAAACAUUUAAAGUUUCCAUCGACAUAUAGUAGGGAAGGGAUUCAUGUGGCCCUAUUACUGGGUGGUUCUCCCAUGAGAGGAAGAAGAGUGGGGUGUCUGAUGAAAAUUAUUUUAAAAAAACGCCACUCUCCAUAGCAACUGAUGCUGUGGUCAAAGUUGGAAUUGGCACAAAAACACAUUUUAUGAUAUUCAACACUCUACUGCCAUCUGUUGGCUAAAGUGAACCAUGCAACCCAACCCCCCCCCCAUCACGUUACAUGUGUCAGGUAAACUGCGAUGAAAGCAAGCCCUACUGGAUAACAUGGAACUACUGUAUUGUGUGUUUACAUGAAUUUGGACUGUAUAUUGUUGGCAUCUGAGUGGACCGUCUAAAGCCUAAGGUUGUACAAACGAGAGACCGAAACAUUUUCACAUAUGCGUUAUCACAAUUUUAUUUUUGCUGUCAUUUAUUUUGUGAUUGAUGGCCUUCCCCUUGUGCAUGUCAGCCCUUUGAGAUGCAAUAAAUUAAAUGACAGACUGAACUGCA